CGUGGCGAAGGGACGCUCCUGUGAUUGGUAUAUCCUGCAUACAUCCAUCUACUUUCCAUAUUUCUGCUCUCUGCUUGCGGUCACGUAGUCGACAUUGUCUUCACAGAACAGUCCCCGUCCAACUGAAGCCUGUAUAUCGUGCACGUGAUGUGCGAAAAUCACGUGAAAAGAGGCCAAUCAGAGGCUCCCGGGGCAUCUGCUUCAACUCUUUUCCCUCGACUUGAUCGUCCUUGGGAGGUAUUCUUUGAGCGCAUCUCCGCCGAACACCUUCUCUCUGCUCUUUCAUCGGUGCCAGUCUUGCGCAUGCGAGCACCCGCGCUCCGCAGUCUGCGGAGGGUGAUCCCCUUUCGCCCGCCAGCGAGCAGCUGUUCCUCCGCAUUGGCUCCGAAUAGAUCUGGUAUCGUCCGCAACCAUGUCCCUUCUUUUAUCCCAUGGCAUCGGCAAUUCUCCGCCUCGACUCCCACUCGGUUCAUUUUAGAUGGAGACUCGACCAUAUACGUCCUGUCAACUGCGCCCGGUCGCGCUGCUAUCGCCGUGGUGCGGGCUUCUGGUCCCGGCUGUGUUCAGGUAUGCCCCAGAUAGCCUGCCAUAGGUUGCUUCCUUAUGAUAAUAAUCCCAUUUAGAUCUAUCGUAAUCUAUGUCCUAAGGCACCACUUCCGCGGCCACGGGUUGCGGCAGUGCGCACGCUGUACGACCCCUUAGGAGACCUUACUUCCAACAACAGCGUCCUGGACGCGGGGGCUUUGGUUCUUUAU